CAUUGUUCAAAAACUGUUUUUCUUCCCUUGCGCGCUGUUGAGAUGCUUUGAGUCAUGUACCUUUGACGUAUCGAAUUUCGGGCCAUCGCCGAGGAUCCGGCCGUCAUGGUCUGUGUAAGCAAAGCUAUCAGCAGAUCCAUAUGAAAAUGCAGGCCAUCCUGAAGAGAAUAAAGCCUAGCCUGAGAUUCCGAUGACUCUAAGCCAUGAGGGUUUGCAUAAGUGAGGAGCGGAUUCCGCGUUACGUUUGAUCUUAAUCUUUUACCCUCGAUCACCUCAAGUUCAUCACUGUCAUCCUCAACUCUCGCAUCAGAAUGUCGGCGCCAUGUGCGAUACAGCAUGGAGCUCGUAUAACACCAACUGAUUUGUGCAGUGGUCAAGCCGCGCUUUCAGAUGGCCAAGCGCUGCCCAGAUGGCUCAUUCCAGCGGACCGUCGGGGUUGGCGACGUAUUGUCCAAAACUUUACACCUGCAUGGGUAUGUAGC